UGGGAAUGAAGCUCUGCAAGUUACACCCAAGAUGGACGAAAAUCGGUAUAAUCAAGGAAGUGUGUUUCAUGGGUCGCGACAUCGUACUGUUCUCGGCUGGUUGCUUCAUACAGUUCAUUGAAAUUAAUACAGGCCUAGAAAAUCAUCUCACCGUCAACAAUCGUGGAGCGAACGGCGAUGGUGUCACGUGCGUGCGCGGCCAUCCGACUCUGCGUCUCUUCGCAUACGCCGAAAGUUGCCAGACUCCUAAUUUAUACGUCACCAGCUACCCAGACUUUCAGGUGGUUGCCAAGUUUUCUGGUGGACCGAAAGAGGGUUACAAGUGCCUGGCGUUUUCCGAAACGUCUCUGCUCUUCUCUUUAGGAGAAAUGCCCCAUUAUACCGUAACGGCGUGGAACUGGAGAAGUUUCGAAAAAUUCGCUGAAAGCAAUAACGAAUUGCUUUAUGAAAAUCAAAUAAUAAGGUGCAGCUCCGGUAGACCAAUGUACUUGGCCCAGUUGGGCAUAGGCUCUAACAAGUUGUUUAUUUGGGACGUGUUCACCGUUUGCAAAAGUUCGAUAUUCACCAAACACGAAGUGAAACUCGGCCAUCUGAAACCGGCCCCCUUUGAGGAUAUAAUGUGGACCAUGGAGGGUGGGAACGCGUGUUACGUUAUCGACAGGACAGGUGCCAUUUACACCAUCGAUAGAGACUUUUUUUUGGAAUUGGUGAUUGAUUUCUCGACGAUGGGUCCUGUUCCAACAUCCCUAUGCUGGUUCAACCAUGGAAUAACGGUAUCGGGACCAAACAAUCAAAUUCGGCACUACAAGAAGACAGGAGCGAACUGGAAUUGCGACUGGAGUUUCACAACCCAGAGCAGAAUGCGGAAUUUGAUAUGCAACAAAGGUGAGAAAAUGGUGGCCGUCAGUGAGAUGAACGAAAUCGUCACUUUGUCGACUACAGAAGAUGAGACCACGUUUGUUACGAAGCAGAAUUCCAAUUUCGACGACAUUUGUUUGAUUUAUCCCUGCGGACAGUUCGCAGUGGCACUGUGUAAUGGAAAUAAUUUAAACGUGUAUAACAUCAAGCGGGGAGACCUGAUAUCCGUAACAGUUUUGGAUAUAACCGUUUCGGCGAUGGCGGAAAAUCCAGAGUUGCCUUGCGUCGCACUGGGAAGUCAGCACGGAAUUCUGCAAAUUAUGUCGUUUUAUAACGAAACGAAACCAACCGCCUUGGCUAAAUUCGAUUUAACAGAUUGCCCGCUCCAUACCGUUAAAUAUUUCGAAACAGGCAACUUGCUGGUGGCGGGAAAUCUAGAUCUCGGAGAGUUUUACGUCAUUAAGGGGCACCCGGGCUCAAAGAUCAACGUCCUUCUCAGCGUAAACGCAAAGUUACAAGUAAUAGAUCACUUUUUGGUCGCUUCGAGCGAUGUUAUGCGCUUUUUCGUUUUGCCCGUGACAUCCGACACCCGUUAUGCUGGAAAUCAAAUUAUACGUUAUUGUAUAGUCAACUCGGAGAUUGUAAACGUCAAAACGUUCGAAUGCGAUGACGGCGUCUAUUACAGAGGACUUAUCGGCUUCAAAGGGCCGGAUAGAGAUAAAUUGUUCUACGCUUUGCCGUUCGAUUCGAGACUUAUUCAUUUGAUGCUUACCAAGAGGGGCGAUCCCGUUGUGAGGGUAAUCGAGAAAAUUCCAAGCGGACAUCAGCUAAAAGAAUUCGCCAUCGAUUUGACGAAACAUUUCGCCAUGAGCUGGAGUUGCUGCGGCGUCGUCAUAAUUAGAACCAACGAUUUUAAAGUACCUGUCGGGAAUACGCUGACCCACCAUCGAUACUUGCACGGAGUAAAGAAAGCCAGAAUCGAUCCUUCGGGAACCUUAGUCAUGUCGCUUGGCAAUGAAGGAGUGCUUUGCGUCACGCGGUUGGCAGAUAGGGAACCGGAUCACUUAUUGAAUAGACGCAACAUGGAGUUAAAGGAGUCUACGAAGUACGCCUUGAUGUUUAAAAGUCCUACCAUUUGUUGCGAGCCGGAAGAAAUGUAUCGCGGGAAUACCUGGAAAGAUGUACAAAGACUACGACAAAUAGCAAGAGAAGAAGAGCUGUGCAAACUGGAGAAAAACGCGGUCUGGAACGAAUUUAAAGACAUUCAAAGGCAACUCCGAGAGUUGGUGACGCGUAACCUGGAAGGACCGGAGAACGAGAAGAUAGAUCUAACAGAGUUCUAUUUGGACACGGCGUUGUACAACGUAAUGCAGCAGAACAACAAGGAGGAUUGCAAGAGAACGGAAACUUACCUCAGAUGUUUGAUCGUCGCGCAAGAUAAAGUCUCCGAUUAUUUGAUCAAAAAUUAUUGGGACAAAAUGGGCGUCAUUUGGCAGCAAAUACACGGAUUCUUCAGCGCUACGAAGGCAACGAAAUAUUGUCUGUUGCCCGAGGACGAGAAGAAGCUGAAGCGGCUGGCGUGGGCCGAAGAACAAAGAAAAGUGGAGCAAUUUUUAACCAGUCAAGAUUCGUUUGAGCCGUGGGUUAUGGUGUCUAGGGAGAAACUCCUAGAGAUCCUCGGUAGACGCCCCGCUCUACCGAAAGAAGAUUAUUCCGGAAUGGCGGCACUCAGGAGGCUGAAAGAAUUGGAAGAUCUCGAUUCUCAAAAAUCGUUGGAAACAAAAAUCGCCCUCGACGGUUCCGUUUCCCAGCUCUACAUUAACGUGAGUCCCGGUCAUUACCAGCAGAGGCAGUUGGUGUCCUUUUAUCAGUGCGAUUUGCAACAAGCCGUUGCCGAGCAAGAGGUCACGAAGUUAAAAUUCGAAUACAACAAGUGCUUCGACAACAUGCGAGCGGUCAAGGAAAGGGAAAUGUACAAUAUAAAAGAAAAAAACGCGAGGUUGAGACAUAUCUUGUCGGAGUACAAUUACUUUUCAGAAACGAAAGUCCACGUCGAUAUAGUAGACCCGGAAUGGUCCAUGACUGAAAAUCCAACGACAGUGCUCUCGGUGGCAGAAAAUGAAAUUUCCAUACGGCCUUAUAUUUCCCCGAGCGAGCAGGCAAUACUGGACGCAAAACGACUAGAAGAAGAAAGAGUCAGACGACUGCUGAUGGCUGACGAUUUUCGGGAAAGAGCGUUGAUGGCCAUGAUGAAUGGCGUUUUGGAGGUCAGGUGGGAAGAUGAAUUAAAAAAGGAUGUACCCAAACCAAAUUGCAUGAUUGAGAAGUCACCAGAAGACUAUAACGAGGACGAUUUGCGAGCGGUUAGGGACUACGAAAUAAAAGUCGUGCAGUUAAAUGUCGAUCGUGAAAAGUACAAGUCGUUGCUCGAGACGGAAUUUUCGAAACUGAGCACCGGCUUGAGAGACAGUAUAAGAAAGUUCAAUCGCAAACUGUACGAAUGCACCAAGUUCAAGUUUUACAUCGACUCGGGCAUGAACCAAGAAAACCUGCAAGUGAAUAGGGCCAGAGUCAAUCAAAAUCUUCGAAUUGAAAUCGACGAAAAAGAACGGAAUAUAAUACAAACGAUCAAGCAAUACGAGAACGCCGUUGACGAGAACCUCAAGAUUAUCGCUUUCAUGCAAGAAGCCUUGGCGGAAUGCAAAACGAAUCUGGAAAAUAUGCAGAUUAGAGAGAAGGCGUUAGAAAAGGCCUACAGGAAAGAUUUCCAGGCCAUGUCACCGGUAGUGCAGGAACAGGCGAUAAAAUAUUACAGGAAAAGACCGAAAGCGAAUUUACGAAUCAUCACGACCGCCACUCUCAUGUACGAAUUGGCAAAGGGGAUAAUAUCCAACGAAAGAACGGUAGCUAUGACCCAGGAGUGUAUUGAUUACAUGAACGCACUGGAACAAAUAGACUCGUUUUCUCCUCUCCUACCGGCAAUAGACGAGCACACGUGGGCCUUGAUAUGCAAACACCGUCGCCAGCGCAUAGAAUUUGAAGUUAAGGUUCGGGCCGCUCAAAUUCAAAGCACAGACGGCGAGGCGACGAUUGCGACUUUUCACAAGCGCGUUGUAACCCAAAGGGAGAAAAUUGCGAAGCUGAACGAAGACCUGGAGCAGACUCGAGCUGAUCGACUUCACCUGAUGCACAAUAAGCAAGUUCAGGUGGUUCUUCGCAGGGGUUUGGUAGAAAUUCCCCUUACGGGCGAUAUUUUUACCGACUUUAGCGACGCCAUCUUGGUUCCGCGGAAAGAAAUCGAGGAAGUCAAUAACCUUAUCGUGAAUGCUGGAGAACUGAAGUUAAAAACCAUAACCCAGAACAUGAGCUUCAGAAGAAGAGUAAUGCAAGCGGAAUGGGAACAUAUGAAGCUAAGGAUGGAAAUAAAUGACCACAUAGAACAAAAAAAGGACGUAGAAAAUGUUAAGUUCACCAAGGAGAUGCAGACCUAUUUAAAAAAUAAAAGCUUAGGGAGGAAAACGGAAACUGAGUCGUACGAGAUGGAAAUAGAAUUGAUCACGGCCACAUACGAGAACAAAAUCAAAGACCGAAGGGACAAGUAUAUCAAGAUGAAAAAGCAAAUUAAGGCCUAUAAAGAGAGCACCGAACGACUGGACAAGACCAUCGGGGACGUUAACAUGGACGUCUGCUUAUUCAAGAUUGAAAAGGAUAACGAGCUUGAGGCCAGGGAAAAAGAAAUAUUCGACGCGAGGAUGAAAGGCAUGUUAAAGAGAAGCGCCCUGGUGAAAAGGAUUCAGCAAAAUCAUAACGAAAUUCUGGUUUUGCAGACGGAACUGGAACUCCUCAGGCUGCGCACCUUUCCCACGUUCAAAUAUAAAGUGAUUAGGGAGUAGCGUUGGGCUUUAGCAACUUAUAUAGU